AUAUCAACGUCUAAGAUAUCAAUGGCUCAAAGCGCAUCAUCCAAUCACUCGGUCGUUCUUUUUAACAUACUCUCCAUUCUACAAACUGUAAACCCCAAAAAUUAACAAAGCCAGAAAUGAAAAAAUGUUAUUUUUUCUCUAAGAAAAACCCUCGAAGCAAAGAGGCGGAAAGUGCACGAAGAGCACUAAACGAAGUGCAGAAAACAGCAGACAUGGAAUCUUCAAGCGCAAGCUUCUCAUUGUCAAAGAGAAGAAAAACAGUUGAUUCUAAAGAAUCGCAGGAAUUGGAGUUAACUUCACCGGACAUUGAGCUCGGAAAUACUCGUCGCUUCCUUUCGAACUCAUGGAACAAGCCGUUCGCCUCCUCGAAAUCCGGUGGAGCAUCGGUAGCCGGGGAAAUGUGUUCAAGCCUCAGCUCCGGCUACCAGUCUUCGACUAGCAAUGAGUCAUGUGAUAAUUUUGUCAAGUGUAGCUUGAGAUUCGUAGAUCUAAAGGCCAAGAGUUUUGAAACCGAAAUCUCAACAUGCAUCAACAUCAACAAAUUCAGUGCAGAAACAACUCCAACAGUGGAGCUCAUUGGAGACACAGAGGAAACGGCAUCGCCACGUAGAAAAAAGUCACCGUCACCAGAUAAACCACCGUCACAAGCGGAGAUCGACGAUUUCUUCGCCGUAGCUGAAAAGUACGAGCAAGUCCGAUUCGCAGAAAAGUACAAUUAUGAUAUAGUGAAGGAUGUACCUCUGGACGGUCGGUACCAGUGGAUUCGGUUAAAGCACUGA